AUGAUACAUAUCAAGUUUGACCAUAAAGUCGGAUAUUAUACGAUAAACGGUAUUUGUUUGCCCGAAAAAUAUCCCGAUGACCCCUAUAAUGAUGAGUUGGCACUGUAUGCCGGUUUUGGUCGACUGGCCAAUGGUGUAGUCAAUGAGGGACGUUUGCGUACGGGUUUUGUUAAAAUAGACAAUUUCAACACCCAAUCGUCCGGUGAGCCCAGGAUUUAUACUAAACGAUAUCCAGAGGGAAGGGGAAUCGGUUUGUGUAUAGGUGAUUCUGGCGGACCAUUGAUACAGUAUGUGGACGGGGGUCGGGCCGUAAUCAUUGGUAUAGCGAGUAUAGUAUUGAGAGGUACUGACGAUUGUUUCAUCAAUAGUACCGACAGUUUUAUGAUUUUCCUGAGAGUAUCCAAUUAUGUCGAUUGGAUUAAUCAGACUGUUAUUGAUAAUCAGUAA